AUGGCCUCCCUCCCGCCCUGGCACUCGCACAUCACCAUCGACCUCCUCGCCGAAGUCGCCAGCUACACCAUCUUCCACCCCUUCGUCGCAUGCAUUGUGCCGCUCUGCCUGCGCGCCCAAGCCACGCCGUACACGCACCUCUCCUUCCAGCUGGCCGUCGCCUACGCCGCGCUGGUGACGCUGUUCCACGCCCUGGCCGCCCUCAGCGACCGCCUGGCCUACGGCGCCCCGCGCCAUGUCGACCUGGAGGACGAGGUCAUCGUCAUCACGGGCGGCGCCAGCGGCCUGGGCCUGCUGAUCGCAGAGGUCUACGGCAUGCGCGGGGCCAGCGUCGCCGUGCUCGACGUGCUCGACAUGCCCGACGCCGAGCGCAAGGGCAUCAGCUACUACCGCUGCGACGUGGGCGACCGCGCGCAGAUCGAGCUCGCGCUCAAGCAGGUUGAGCUCGAGGUACUAACCUCACCUCCCGCACAGCUCGGCACGCCCACGAUCCUCAUCAACAACGCCGCCAUCGUCAACGGCAAGCCGCUCCUCUCCCUCUCCCCCGCCGACCUCACCCGCAACUUCAACGUCAACCUCCUCGCGCACUACCACACGCUGCAGCUGGUGCUGCCCGGGAUGCUGGCGCGGCCCGCGGGCGGGACCGUCGUCACCGUCGCCAGCGUGCUGGGCUACACGGGCGCAGCGCAGCUGAGCGACUACACGGCGGCGAAGGCGGCGCUGGUGGCCAUGCACACGUCGCUGCGGGCAGAGCUGCGGCAGACGCGCGCGCCGGGCGCCCAAGCCCUCCGCACCAUCCUCGUCACGCCGGGCCAGCUCGCCACGCCUCUGUUUGCGGCGCUGCGGACCCCGUCGCCGUUCCUGGCCCCGGUUGUUGAGCCCGUCCGUCUGGCCCGCGACGUCAUUCGCUUGCUGGAUACGGGCCGUGGGGGCAGGGUCAGCGCGCCGCUUUAUGCGGGAUUCAUUGAGUGGUUGGGCGUGCUGCCCGAGGGGCUGCAGACGGUAGUGAGGCGCGUGAGCGGGGUGGAUAGCGCGAUGAGGGCGUUUGGAGAGGAAAUCGGGGGCGAGAGGGCCGAGGAGUGA